AAACAAAACAGAAUUAUCAUAAAAGGGAUAAGGCAUCACUCAUUCGAGAGAGAGAGACGACACGAACGUGAACAAUACCAUGAUGUUAGCCUCCUGCUCCAGUUCCAUUACACCUGGAGCUGCUUCAUUCACAACUCGAACCUGCUGCAGUCAUGCUCAUGUUCAGGUUCAUGUUCACGUUCUUGCUCCUCCAAAUGCACAAUCAAGAUGCAUUGUUUCUCUCAGUCUCGGUCCACCCUUGAGGAGAAAAAGCUUAGAUAUUCUCUCUAGUUCUACCAGGACAACUCUCAGACAUCUAAACACGCCAAUUUCAGCUGUUAAUUCAGGUUUAGAAGCAUCAAUUACAGAUUCCGAUGAAAAUUCGGCCAUUUUAACAAAUGCCCAAAUAGUUCUAGAAUCUGAAGAUGAAAGUAAGAUACAACUAAGAGUGGACUUGACUGGUGAUCAAACAGAAAGGGUAUUUGACCGGACCCUCAUAAGCUUAGGGCGCACUGCCCCACCAGUUCCUGGAUUUCGCAUGCAAAAAGGAGGAAAAUCAUCAAAGAUCCCGAAAAGCUUUCUUGUACAGAUUCUUGGGGAAGAACGAGUCACUAAGUUUGUAAUACAAGAAAUUCUCAACUCUACCAUGGCUAAUUAUGCGAAAAAGGAAAACUUGGAUGUGAAGGGUAAGAAGGUAAGCACUACUCAAACGGCAGAAGAACUUAAAAAAUCAUUCACACCAGGAAAAGAAUUCGGCUUCAAUGUUAUAAUUGAGCCUGAAAACUCAGAAGAUACUACAUAACUUGUAAUGGGGGAUCUAGUCGUUGAGCUUAAUCAAAAUGAAGCAACAAGAUUUGUCUCACUCAAUGAUAUACAUGUCAAAGAGCUAUUGUAAUGUUGAGUUUGGGGUACUCAUAAAAAUGGGGUACUAGACUGAUAGAGAAAAAUGUAUAAAAAAUCAUCUUUAGAUUUAUCAUCCUGAGUUUGAGGUGACACUGUACUAAACUGACUAUAGAGUGAUAUGUUACAGACUUUGAAUUAUCUUUAUUGCCAUUUAAUUGGCACCUUGCCAUUGAUGACUUUUCUUUUUUA